CAGGAAAAAAGCAGAGGGGUUUUAGAGAGAGAAAGAAGAGAGAUGCGCACCUUCCAAUUUCAGGCACCUGUAGGCGCUAGAAUUACUAUCAAAACCCUAAUUCUUUUUCUCUCUCGUCUAGCCCUUUCUUUCUCUCUAUAAAUUUUAGUGAAUUUUGUUUUAUAAAUUAUUGGAGAAAAUCGUAGAGAAAGCUUGAUUUUGGACUGUUACUUUGUCCGUGAAAAAGGUGCAGAAGCUGAGAAGUCACGAGCUUUGAGGGAUUCUUACCUGAAUUGGAUCGGUUUUUUCCGAUCACUGAAGAUAACCUACUGAUGUGGAUCAAAGAAAAUGGUUAUCAUUCAUUCACCUGAGCUUGAUCUCUGAAGCCCACAUAUUGCUUAUUGCAUUGUGUGGGAAAUGUCAGGCCUUGAUUGCUUGCAUGCUCAAGAGGAAAGGAAAGAGAGGAGAUCGGAUAUGGAGAAUUCUGAAGACGAGAGAAGAAGAACAAGAAUGGGAACAUUCAGGAAGAAAGCAUUAAAUGCUUCGACAAGGUUCACUCACUCUCUCAAGAAACGAGGGAAACGUAAAGUUGAUUGUAGGCCUCCAGUGGCAAUUGUAGAUGUACGAGAUGCAGAGGAGGAGCAUGCAGUUCAUGCAUUCCGCCAAGUGUUGCUUCUCGAAGAUUUACUUCCACCCAGGCAUGAUGAUUAUCAUACAUUAUUGAGGUUUUUGAAAGCAAGGAAGUUUGACAUAGAAGAAGCAACAAAAAUGUGGGUGGAGAUGAUUAAAUGGAGAGAAAAAAAUGGGAUAGACACCAUCCUUGAGGACUUUGUAUAUGAAGAACUUGAAGAAGUUCGGCAACAUUACCCCCAUGGCUAUCAUGGAGUCGAUAGAGAAGGAAGACCAGUUUACAUUGAGAGGCUCGGCAAAGUUGAACCUAACAAGCUCAUGGAUAUCACUACUAUGGAAAAAUUCCUAAAAUAUCAUGUCCAGGAGUUUGAGAGGGCUCUGAUUGAGAAAUUUCCGGCUUGUUCAAUUGCAGCCAAAAGGCGCAUUGCCUCCACAACAACGAUAUUGGAUGUGCAUGGGGUGGGUUGGAAGAAUUUUGGCAAGACUCCUAGAGACCUUCUAAUGCACAUGCAGAAGAUUGAUGGUGAUUAUUACCCUGAGACCUUGCAUCAGAUGUUCGUUGUAAAUGCUGGUCCAGGCUUCAAAAUGGUAUGGAACUUUGUAAAGGGUUUCCUUGACCCAAAAACUACUGCAAAGAUACAUGUAUUGGGAACUAAAUUCCAGAAUAAACUACUUGAAGUCAUUGAUUCAAGCCAACUGCCAGAUUUUUUGGGUGGUUCAUGUACAUGUUCCAUUGAAGGAGGGUGUCUCCGAUCUGAUAAAGGGCCAUGGAAAGAUCCUGAGAUUAUGAAAGUAGGAAGUCUGUCUGUUCAUUUAACGCUUGUAGCUGAAACAUUUGGAAGAAUAGCAGAUGGAGAACAGAGAAUUGAGUCCCACAUGAGACUGCGAUGUCUGAGGGGUAGAAAUAGUGAUACAUCCACUGCUGAGUCAGGAUCAGAUGUAGAUGAUCUCGGUUCUCCUACUGGACAUAGGGGCUCGGGGUUUACACGUUUGGCUCCGGUUCAUGAAGAAAGAGAGAGAGCAAUACAAAUUCUGCCUAAUUACGCCCUUCUCCUGGCUCCAGGCACUCCAGUCAUUAAUUCCAUCAACCCUAAGAAUGGGGUGGUGAGGUUACUUCCACGUGUUGCGGAGGAGUUGAUGGCACUCUUGCUCAGAAUAUUUGCAGUUUUCCGAAUUCUCUUUCAUAAGUUUUCAAGGAGAGAGAGUGCCCGUGUUUCUGACGUGUCUUCACCACCCAAUUGCGAGCAUAGGGAUAAGAAUAAAGAGAGAGAUGUUGAGGAAGUGAAAGUGCUUCCUUGCCUCGAGCGUCUUCAGAUGCUUGAGGCAAUGCUUAGUGAAUUGAGUUCUAAGGCAGUAGGGAUCCCAAAGGAGAAGGAGACUAUGCUCAUGGAGUCUUUGGACCGAAUUAAGGGCAUUGAACAUGACCUUGAGAAGACGAAAAAGGUGUUGCAUGCCACAAUGCUAAAGCAGGUGGAGCUUGCACAAUCCCUAGAGAGCCUGGAACAUUCCAGAGUUAGUAGGGGGACAUUUUGUUUCAGGUGAAGAACAGAUUUUUGAAGGCAAAGAAGGAUGCGAUCUUAAGAUUAUUGGACAUGUGAUCUCAAAAUUAUCAGCGACUUUCUGGCCAUCUUUUGGACAAUUUCAUCAUUACACUGGAAAAAUGGCAUCAUGAGCAGGUGGUCCAUAGAAGCUAAUGUUGAGAUGGGUCAGUGAAGUUGAGAGGGGUUAGUGAAAAGAAAAUCAAAAUUUCUGGAAUAAGGAGAGAGAGAGAGAGAGAGAGAGAGAGAGAGAGAGAGAGCUGUCCUUUUGAUCUUUUUAUAGUGUGUAUAGAUCUUCAUCAACCUCAGGAAGUAAAUUCUAAUUCUUUCUUUUUCAGAGCAUGGGAUGUAAUUAAUUUUGGUCUGAUUAUCAUUUUUAUGGUUGUCAGUUUUGCUAAUGGGUUCUAUUUGGGCUUUGUUGAUGACCAGCUAAAAUACUUUGGAAGUGAAAUUCUCUUCUAUUCACAAAAGUUUCAAGCCCAUUAACCACAGUGAGUGAAAUUA